ACUUCCGGGCCACUGCGUAGGUUGUCAUAGCGACCAUUUUACGUUUACUGGUUUGUAGUGUCUAACCAGGCGGCCUGGCGAUUGCCCGGGCCGCGCUGCCCGCAUUCUCCGUCGGCUUCCUGCGGCCGAAAGGCCCGAGCGGGCCAGGGAGUCUGGCCUAGGCAUCCGCGUCGCCCGGUACCGGUGGGAUGGCUGCGGAAGAAGAGGAUGAGGUGGAAUGGGUGGUGGAGAGCAUCGCUGGGUUCCUGCGGGGCCCGGAUUGGUCCAUUCCCAUCUUGGACUUUGUGGAGCAGAAAUGCGAAGUUUUUGAUGAUGAAGAAGAAAGCAAAUUGACCUAUACAGAAAUUCAUCAGGAGUACAAAGAGCUAGUUGAAAAGCUGUUAGAAAGUUACCUUAAAGAAAUUGGAAUUAAUGAAGAUCAGUUUCAAGAAGCAUGCGCCUCCCCUCUGGCAAAGACGCGCACAUCACAGGCCAUUUUGCAGCCCGUGUUGGCAGCAGAGGAUUUUACUAUCUUUAAAGCAAUGAUGGUCCAGAAGAACAUUGAGAUGCAGCUUCAAGCCAUUCGAAUAAUCCAGGAGAGGAAUGGUGUGUUACCUGACUGCCUAACUGAUGGCGCCGAUGUAGUCAGCGACCUUGAACAGGAAGAGAUGAAAAUCCUGAGGGAAGUCCUCCGAAAAUCAAAAGAAGAAUAUGACCAGGAGGAAGAAAGGAAACGAAAAAAGCAGUCAUCAGAGGCUAAAAUGGAAGAACCACCGGUGUAUACUACUGAAGCUGCAAAACUGAGUAAUUCCCAAGGGGAUGGUGAACAUUUUGUACAGCCACCCUCAGAAGUUAAAGUGCAUUUUGCUAAUCAGUCAGUACAACCCUUGGCAAGAAAGAUGGAGCUGUUGCCUGAAACUUCCUCCCUCCCACAAAAAGCUCUGAAGAUUCCUGGUUUAGAACAUUCGAGUAUGGAAGGACCAAUAGCAAAUUUGUCAGCACUUGGAACAGAAGAGUUACGGCAACGAGAGCACUAUCUCAAGCAGAAGAGAGAUAAGCUGAUGUCCAUGAGAAAGGACAUGAGGGCAAAACAGAUCCAGAAUACUGAGCAAAAAGGAAAGCCUACCAGGGAGGUGGAGGAAAUGACAGAGAAGCCAGAAAUGACAGCAGAGGAGAAACAAACAUUACUAAAGAGGCGAUUGCUUGCAGAGAAACUUAAAGAAGAAGUUAUUAAUAAGUAAUAUGAAGAGUUAGCGAAACAGAAGUCCAAGUUUUCUUAAAAAUAAAUUAUUUAAUCCUUAAACAAAGACUGUUAGUUUUAAGCAAAUACCUGCUUUUCAUUAUUAUUAUUAUUAUUUUAAACAGGUAAAGGGCAAGAGGGAAGGCAGUUUAACAGAAAUUUCUGCGUAGCGCUAGGUUAUGGUGGUGUGUGCCUAUAAUCCUAGCACCCAGGACGCUGAACAGGAAGGUCAGGAAUUCAAAAUCAUUCUCAGUAAUAAAGCAAACUGGAGGCCAGCCUAGGUUAUAUGAACCUAUCUUAACCAAAAUAAGUAAAUAAGUAAGUAAAUAAAUAAUUUGGGUGUUUUCUAUUCAAAAGAGGCCACAGAAAGGAAUUAGUUGAUAGUGCAUGCUUUCAUUCAUUCUUAGUAGACACUGUUUGUGCUAAGCAUGAUACACACCACCAAGGGUAUAGUAGUCAACCACACGGACAGACAGGAUUCCUGCUUUUCAUGGGGAAAGUGCAGUGAUAACAUGGCAGGCUGGCUGUGCUGCCUUGGGCAAGUAAGCUGUAAACUGAUCAGGUGUUUACAAAGAGGGUAUACAGUAAUUUAGAAACACAUGUUUUGAAGCUGGACUAGAACAUGUAUGAACAGGAGGGCUAGCAUAGGAAAGGUGACAGACAGCAGGUUAGGGUAAUGUGGAAAGCCUUGUGAGGAAUUGAAAACUUCCAUUUUUAAAGGUGUGGCUGGUUGGGGAUUUAGCUCAGUGUUAGAGUGCUUGCCUAGCAAGCGCAAGG